AUGGGCACUACUACACGCAUUCCGAGAUUGAUGUCUACUGAAGGUUUUCCCGAGUGGAAAUACAGAAUCGAGAAGUACAUCAAAAUGAAAGAUUUCAAGAUUUGGAGAAGCAUACUUAGAGGUCCUGUCAGAGUGACUAUGACCGUCGGAGGAGAAACCCUCGAGGCUCAACUGCAAAGAUUCACCGCUCUCACAACUGACAUGAACAUUUCAGGGAUCUGUUUGUCCAAGUCAGAAAUCAACAAGAAACUUCUGAAUGCAAUUCCUCGUUCAUGGGAUAUGAAUGUUGCUAGAGAAAUCAACCAUAUGAAUUCAUAUUCUACUACAAACCUUGUUGUUUCAUUCAACAAUACAGCACUAUCAUCCUUCAUGACUUCCUCAGGUCAAGCUUUCACAGCUCAACAACCUCAGACUCAAACCCUCAAUGCUGCAACAUCCAUCCCUCAACAUCAACCUUCAAGUGUGCCAUCUCAACAAACUGUUUCUGCUUCCAAUGUGUCAGCCAAAGUCUCCUAUUCAAACACCAAAGAAUCUGAUGAAAAUCUUGCUCUAGCCACUGGGCUAGUUAAUUGCUACAAUGCCUUUGUAGCCGGAGAUUUUCCACCUCAGCUAUCCUUUGCUGACUUGGACCAGAUACAUCCCAAAGAUGUAGAGGAAAUGGACAUUACUUGGCAGAUUGCCAUGGCUGUUUUUAGAGCCAAACAAUUCGCCAAGAAAACAGGGAAAAAUAACUGGGCUAUGAAUGCUGACAAAAAGGUGGGAUUCAACAAAAGUAUGCUGAGAUGUUUUAAUUGUCACGAGCCGGGUCACUUUGCUCCUGACUACCCGAAGCCAGAUCGCAGAGUAAACAACAACCGACAGAUGGUCGCAGUGGGAAACAAUCGUGUAGGAGCUACAACCAAUGGAGAAAUAGCUAUGGUUGUUCAAUCAUUUGAUUGGGAGGAUCAAAUUAAAGCUUUAAACAUCACAGGGUCAGAAAAUACUCAUUUAGCUCAAAUUGAUGAUGCUGCUUCAAAGAACAAUGAUACUGAUCCUGAGGCAGAAAUGAUGGAGCUGCAGUUUGCCCUAAUGGUUUCCACCUCCUCUGAGCCCAAGAAAAGCAAGGUAAAUCUACCGUCUUGUUCUUUUGCUUGCAAAGAAUAUGUUACACUUCUUCGAAAUGAAAUUCAAACUUUACGUAGGCGAGUAGAGGACCUUAAAUAUGAGGGUUAUCAACUUAGGAAGGGACAGAAACCACUUAAGGCCCAACUAGAAGCCAAAAUAAAAGAUUUUAGAAAAAGUCAAUCAGAAUUCAGUAAAAAGUGUGAAAUUUAUGAUUAUACUAAGACACAACUUGAUGUUGUGACCAAAGAACUUGAUGAGUUAAAAAUUAAAAGUGGAAAAACAGAUGUGAGUUUCAAAAAUUAUUAUGCUUCUAGUAAAAUAGUUGAGUCUUUGUAUGAAACCCAAUUGAAAUUUAAGGAAAAUCAAAACAAGGGUUUAGGGUAUGAUUGUGUUCCUCCUCCUUUUAAUCAUUACUACACAUCAAUCCCUUUGACACAGAACGAAACUGACAGGGAGCCACAUCUUCGAUAUGGCAAACCUGCUGGUUUUGUUUCAAGAGGUUUUAUUAACAUUGAAAGUACUAAUUUUUCUACUUCCUCUGCAGAUACACCCUUAGAUCAGGCCAAGUGUGAAGCUGGGGAAUCUGUUUUUGUUUUUAAUUUUGAUUUUUCUAUUGUGAACAAAUUUGAGUGUGUUUCUGAUGAUAAGACUGAAAAAGCUCCUUGUGUUAGCUCAUCAUUGGAUAAUGUUGAAUUUAAUUUUUUCGAUAUGUCUGAUGAAUUGUUUGGUAAUUCUGAUGCUUGUGAUUCUCAUGAGGAAUCAUCAACUCCACAAGUUAAAUCAAAUGAGGCACCCUCACUUGUUUCUCAAUCUAAUUCUCAUGCAUGUUCUUCUAAGAAGAGUAAGAGUGGACAGUUGUGGAGGAAUAUCGUCCGUCCUUGGUACGUCGAUAGCGGCUGUUCCCGGCAUAUGACUGGAGACAUCUCCCAGCUGAGCAAAAUUCAAUCUUUUAAUGGGGGUUAUGUUUCCCUUGCGGGCGGAGACGGUGGAAAGAUCACACAACGCGGAACUGUUACAAAUGGAGUAUUGAGCUUUGAAAAUGUCAACUUUGCACCCGAGUUAAAGCAUAGUUUGUUGAGCGUUUCUCAGAUAUGUGACAAAGGAUACUCAACACAUUUUACUGAUAAAGAGUGUAUGAUUCUCAAGCCUGGCAUCGUCAUCCCAGAAGAAUGGAUUCUAGUCAAAUCAAAACGGGCUGGGAAUGCCUACAUCAUUGAUAUGAACAAUAACCUACCUGAACAAGUCACUUGCUUAUUCUCAAAGGUUUUCGAACACAAUGCAAUGCUAUGGCAUCGAAGACUUGGUCAUGCUAAUGCGAAAAACCUGAAUCGUCUUGCGAAAAAUGAGAUGGUCCGAGGCCUUCCCGUUAAGAUUGCUGAGAUAAUCGACAUAGCGAUUCAUCAAGAGUACAACAUUUUUCUUUAA